UUGGUUAAACCAUCAAGUCUAAUAAAUUUGCUUAAAUAAAUUAAAAUUUUAAUUAAUCGUGGGUCACCUGAGUAUCUCAAGUCAAAUCUGGGUAAUGUCAAGACACUAAACACUGAGAAAAUUGGCAAGAGGAAAUUAUCUUCGGUCAGAUUUUCUGCAAACUUAUUUGAGAACAAUAUAAGAAACAGAAGCAACAGGAUCCCUGCCUGAACACAACCUUGUUUCUGCAAUUCCCUUCAUUUCCAGGUAUCUAAAAUGGGACAAUGUUUGAGCUUCUGCUGCUUUAAGCACACAGCUUCGUCUCAGCGACAGUAUCCAACUGUGAUAGAAGAGCUUUGCCCUCAAUUUUCUCUAGCCGAUCUUAAGAAAUCGACAAACAACUUUGAUGAAAAGCAAAUAAUUGGAAGUGGAAGCCUUGGCAUUGUAUAUAAAGGCUCUCUCCGAAACAGUUGUGUUACUGAGUGUACAGUUGCAAUCAAGCGAAUAUAUGGGAUCACUGAGAAGGAACUUAAGCAGUUCAAGAACGAAAUUGAGUUGCUCUGCCAGUUUCGCCAUCCAAAUUUGGUCACUCUAUUAGGAUUUUGUGACCACAGAGACGAGAAGAAUAUUGUAUAUGAGUACAUGACCAAUGGAUCUCUCCGUGAUGUCCUAUAUUGUAGUGAUAUGAAAAAGAAGCCACUAACAUGGAAGCAGAGGCUAAACAUCUGCAUAGGAGUAGCGAAGGCACUACACUACCUUCACACAGGUCUCAAGAGAACAAUCUUUCAUCGUGACAUAACACCGUAUAAAAUUCUUUUGGAUAGCAACAUGGAGGCAAAACUCUCAGACUUCCGACUUUCCCUAACAGGACCACAUUAUGCAUCAAAGCCACCACCAAAGAUAAUAACAAAAGAUGGCUUUACAGGUACAUAUGGUUACGUGGCUCCUGAGAUUUCACAAAGCAAUACAUUAACAGAAAAAAGCGAUAUUUACUCCUUCGGUGUAGUUAUACUAGAAGUGGUAUGCAAAGACAAGCUAAAAAGUGUUGAGAAGACGCAGAAACACCCUGUUGAGGAGUAUAUUGAUCCAAAUAUUAAAGGAAAGAUUGCACCAGAGAGUUGGGAAGUAUUUAUAGACAUCACAGAAAGAUGCUUGAACUUUGAUCCAAACGAGCGACCAUCAAUGGGUGAAGUGGAGAUUCAACUUGAGCUUUCUCUGUCACUGCAGGAAGAAGCAGAUGUAAGAAAUACUUGUGAUGAUUAUAACCUAUCAUCUCUGACCAUUAUUAAUUAGUCCUUAACUAUAUUAGGCACUAGGCACGAUCUUUAGUUGAAGACAAAACUUAUGGAUGGUGGAACCAAGGUUCUCAAUAAUAACAAUGAAACUCCUUAUUCAUCAAUCUCAGUAUAGCAGAUGACUGGGAAAUUAUGGGAAAGGAAUUGAAGUUCAAGAAUGAGAUUUAGUUCUUUGCCAUCAUCGUCAUCAAAUGCUUAGCCUCUAGAAAGUUUUUAAUGUUGUAAGUUUAUGCCUUAGAAUUUGACCAACUAAGUUAACUGAUAGUUAAUGAGUAUGGCUUUAACAACGUUGGAACUCGAAAAAUAAUAGUAUGUGGGACGGGAAAACAAGCAACGUUAACGCAGAGGUUUCCCGCAGGAUGUUUUGGUCCAAUUCUCUACGAAAUAUUGUUCCAGAAUGUCGGGAAGUAUGAGGGAUAUUACAGAAAGAUAGAUUUCCUUGUAGUUUGAUAUAAAUAAGCAAUUAAUAAAGGGUGGAAGUGGAAG